UCUGAGGCAGCGGCAGUUCCCUUGCGUGCUCUCCUCCUGCAGGCUGCGCUCAUUCACACAUACAUACUCCUAAACCAAUAGGAUACUGGACUCACAUUCACCUAUACUUACUAUCUACAGCUGCAGGCACAGACAUACACUCACACUGCAUUUGGAGAGUUUUUGCAGUUAUUUCAGAGGGAGCUGCGCAUUCUGACUUUAAAAACACUUGUUUCUUUUUUGGAGAUCUCCCUCAAAAAAUGAGGGCGACUGUGAUUUGCAUAUUUGCCAGUCUCUUUAUUACAGCCAGUCAGGCAGUGGACUUUCCUGUCAACUCACACCAGCGAUGGGACCCUAGAGGAGCUUUCCCUUUGGGAUCUGACUCUGGUACCCCUGCCUCCUGCCCCAUGAAACUGAGACCCUCCGGCCAGUGUGGGAGCAGCUCAGGGGUCGGGGGAGAGGACGGGGCAGAGGACUGCCCUUACCAGCUCACCCUGCCUCCCCUCACCAUCCAGCUGCCCAAGCAGUUCAGGCUGCUGGAGAAGACGAUGAAGGAGCUGCAGAGCCUGAAGGAGGUGGUGAACAAGCUGAAGAGCGGGUGCCAGGAAUGCCGUGGCAUGACACGGGGCAGUGGAGCUUUUGGAAAUCAAGCGGACCAGGGACAGGUUCAGAGAGACACAGGGGAAGAAGUGAGGGUGGAUCUGAUGGGGCAGGAGGUGCAAGGUGGGUCGAGCCAAGAGGAGAGGGGAGACGGGAUAGUGCCUGGAGCUACUGUGGAUGUUGCUGGAAUUGGGCAAGGCUCCAAUUUUGGGAGAAUUACACCAAGCCCGAGCACGAUGCAGGAGAUGCAGGUGAAACUGAAUAGGAUGUCAGCCAGCCUGCGCAACGCCAGGAGCCAGAUCUCGGCUCUGCAGGGCCGCCUGGAGGGGCUCAACCUGCUCAACAUGGACAACGUGCAGGCCAUGGUGGACAGGAGAGUGGAGAACAUCACCGGAGUGGUGAACAAGCUCAGCUCCACCUGCUCCACCCAGUGUGCAGUGCAGAACACGCCUCAGUUCAUCUUGGCCCCUCGGGACUGUUCAGACUACAAUGUGAUGGAGGUGAGGAAGAACGGUGUGUACCGUGUGACCCCUGAUCCUCGCAAUGGGACAUUUGAAGUCUUCUGUGACAUGGAGUCCUAUGGAGGAGGAUGGACUGUGAUACAGCAGCGACUUGAUGGGUCUGUGAGCUUCAAUCGCACCUGGGCAGAAUACAAGAAAGGCUUCGGAAACCUCAGAGGUGAGUUCUGGCUGGGCAAUGACCACAUCCACUUGAUGACUAAAGCCAAAGACAUGGUGCUGCGUAUUGAGCUGGAAGACUUUGAGGGCGUUCGGGAGUAUGCAAAGUAUGAUCAGUUCUAUGUUGCAAAUGAAUUCCUGCGCUACAAACUUUCUGUCAGUGGAUACAGUGGCACAGCUGGGAAUGCCAUCAGUUUCAACAAGCACUUCAACCACGACCAGAAGUUCUUCUCCACACCCGACCGUGACAACGACAUGUACCCCUCUGGAAACUGCGGCGCCUACUACAGCUCCGGCUGGUGGUUCGACGCCUGCAUGUCCGCCAACCUAAACGGGAAGUACUACCACAAGAGGUACAAGGGAGUCAGGAACGGGAUCUUCUGGGGAACAUGGCACAACAUGUCGACGGAGUACUACCCCACCAACUACAGGCAGGCCUUCAAAACAGUCAGGAUGAUGAUACGGCCCAAAAACUACGCUCCGUAAAAGGUCGGGUAAAUAUUCAUGAGUAUAGCCAGAGGAGAUGAAAGAUAAACAUAAAGAGAGACAGACAGAAAUGGAAGUCAGAAACUCAUACACAUAGUCAGUCAUGCAUUUGCACACAUUUACAUAUGCAUACGUGUACACCGAAAAAGACUAUAAGCUCUGUAGACAGUUUGAAUGCAGUAAAAACAAAAAGUAAUAUUGAAACCGAGCUGUACUUUUCCCCUUUUUAGUGAGUGUGGCCUUCAAAAUGUUGAAUUAAAAUGAUUCCAAUAAAGGACAGUGGACUAUAAAUGAUGAUGGACUAAUAAAAAUAUCACCAUACACGCUGUGUAAAGGCCAGCCCCCUAUAGGGGCCAUAAUGUUAUAUGGAGGGUUACUGUGGGUGAUUUUUCAGUUUCUCUGACAUUUCUCCACUUUCUGUUCUGCUGCCUCCUGAUAUAAACCCAGCGGAGAUGCCGCACAGCACACAGAAGUAGUAAAAGGUAAUGAGCUAUCAUUUUCCCCGCUCUAAAUGGUUUAAUAAUUAAAAGCAGCCACUCAAGUGAGGUAUAUGGAAGGUACUGUAAUGAUACAGCUUUGAGUGGGACUGAAAUUCAUUGCGAAAGACUUCACGCUGGAUGUCGGAGUCCAACUGUUUAGGAAGUGUUUUGUGCAGCAGUGCAAAAGUAAUAGUUUCAGUGUUGUUUAUUUAAUAACACUGAGGCACUUCCACUAAUGUAUCAUCAUCCUAUACAAUAUUAAAUAUCCCACUAUAAUAAUAUGCAGCCUGAGACAGAUUUCUAUUGGAUCACUCCCAAGCGCAUCCAGGAUUAUUGAUGCUUCAGUAAAAUGUUCUUGACAGCAGCCUCUGAGAAGGGCAACACUGCAAGAGAAUAUAAAUGCUCUAAAUAUUUUUUUCAGUCCUGAUCUCUUGCUGCACGUCAGUAUGGCACAUUUUUGGAUGCCACACACCACUUUCUACAUGUUUAAAACAACAAACAAACAAGAAAACAAAGCCCUACCAGACUCAUCACUUGUACAAUACUGCUGCCUACUGUUAGAAAACUGUAUUGCAUCUUUUAGUCCGUUCUUUCCACACUGUGAAUGGGACGAAUGAGGAAUGUUUUGCUUUAAGGACGUGUACAGUAUUUAUUUUAUUUUGUGAGAUAUGACAGCUUUUAUAAAAUACAUAGGGCAUACAGAACAAGGUUCAGUGAUUGUUGAUAUUUGAGCAAUGAUAAAGAUUGUGCAUUGUUGUGACCAUUCAUAGUACUUACGUGUGUAUUUAGAGCUUUGUGUGUGUACAAUAUUGAUCUUUUCUAUCAUUCAUAUUCAGCUGUCAUGCCAAAAGAUAUGCACUUUUUAUAUCAAAAAAUGAAUAAAGUUGUAAUUACAA